AUGUCUACAGUAACAAAGAAAAAUAAAAGUUACCUUGAAUCAUUGUCAGAGGAAGAUGUUCUAACUUUGAUAAAGAAAUGUUAUAGGGAUAAAUUAAUAUAUGGCUAUGUUCAGUGGAAAUUAUUGGAUAGAAAAAUUUUUUCGAAACGCUUUUCGGUUAAUACAUUCAAAAAUAUAUGGAGAAUAAUUAACAAGAGCUUUGACGAUUAUUACGGUAAAUAUGAAAAUGACUUAUCCCAGGUUGAGGUGGAAGCACAAGAAGUCCUAUGGAAAAAUAAAGAAGAAAAAAAAAAAAGAAAAGCGGAUAAAGAAAAAUUUAUACAGAUAUAUUCAUCGAAGUUAAGUGUAAGUCUUUCCAAUAUAUCUUUAUUAAGAAAAUUUAGUAAAGUGAAUAGUAGUCUUCAUUUUCGUAAUAGUAAUAGUAAUUAUUAUAGUCCUCUACAAAAUAAUUUAAAUAAUAGUUAUGGAAAUAUGUUAAAAAGUGUAUGUAACGAUGAAGAAAAGAAUAAAGAAAAUUAUGUAAAAAAGGAUGUAUUAAAAAGUGAUAUACAUAAUAAUAGUAAUAUUAAUAGUAAUGUUGAUUAUAUUAAAAAAAAUAUAAAUUAUAUAAAAACACAAAGCGAUUUAUUAGACUUGUAUUUUUUAAUAAUAUCCUUAAUUCAUGAUAAUAAAAGAUUUCUUCUUUUAAGAAAAAUCGAUGAAAUUUAUGAGAAGAAUAUUUUAAAAUGUUAUAACAACAUAAACAAUGUUUAUAAUAAUUAUAUAUUAAAUAUUAUAAGGAUGAUAUAUGAAAUGUGUGCAAUAUCGAAUAUAAUGCAUAAUAAUAAAACAUCACAAGAACAACUUAAUAAAAAUAUAAGUAAAUAUAUGAAUAAAAAAACAAACAGUAACGUUUCCUAUAAUAUAUAUUCAAGUUAUAGUACGAACCUUCGAUCAUAUGGACAUGAAAUAUAUAACAAAAGUAAUAAGCAUACUCAUCAUAACCAUUUUAUAAACAGUAAAUGUAUAGAUAAUAAACAAAAUAUAAUAAUAAUAGAAACUAAUGAAAAAAUAUAUAAAUUUGAUAAAAUGCAUUUAAAUUAUGAUAUAUUUUAUGAUAUAUAUAAAAAUAAUUUAACAUUAAAAAAUAAUCAAGUAAUAACAUUUUUCUUACCCUUACCCAAAAAUAAGCCUAAUCAUUUGACAUAUAAAAAUAAUAACUUUUAUUAUUUUGAUGACAUAAUAUAUUUAAAUAAAAAUUUAAGUGAUGAUGUUUAUAAUUAUAUUUAUAUUUUACAAAAAUAUUUCCUUUCCUUUAAAUUCUGGUAUUUUUAUUUAAGAUAUCAAGGUAUCGACAAAAUGAAAAAAUUAUUUAAUAACGAAUUAUCAAAUUUAUUUUUUUACCUUGCUAAUUAUGAUAAAAUAAAUAAUAAAUCAUCAAAUAUUUCUUUUUAUCAAAACAAGGGAACAAACAAACAAAAAAAAAAAAACUAUCUAUUACUCUUUGAAUAUAAUAUAAAAACAUUGAUAAACCUAUGUUUACAUAUAUUAAAAAUAUAUCUAAACAAGGAAAUUAAAAUCAAUAUAUCAUAUUUCCAAAUAAUAAAAAUAUUAAAUUUAUGUUUAAACCCAACACGUAACAAAAAAAUUAUGCGCCACUAUGUAGUACACAUGAAAUUUGUGCAUAGCAUUUUUAUGAAAUUAAUCAAAAUUAAAGAAAAAAAAAAAAUUAAAAAAAAAUAA